AUUAUGAUUAACAAGGCAGUAAUAGUUUUAGUUAAAAUAUUUGUUAAAAUGAUCACAAUCUUAUGAGUAAGUACAGCCGCGAAGAGACAAGUUGAUUUAAUACUUGUUCAUUAUUACGAUGAAACAGACAGAAAUUACAUGUCCCAGCAAACUAUACCACAAAUGUGCAAUCGAAUAAGUUUAGCGGUUGAAAGAAGGGUCAACCGCACAGUCGGUUGCGCAUUUUCCAGCUGAUUCAUGUAAUACACAUGAGAAGCACGAGAAGUGUUGUUAUCUCUCGCAUGAGAUUACAUAAAAGUAAAAAAUAUCUUUGCUGUAGAAAACAACGAGAGAUGAUGCGCGGAAGAUGUAGAAAGAGAUGCGAGACAUGAAUAUCGCGUUUUUGAAUACGAGACCGAUCUUGGAUCUUGGCAAAACCUAUAAACUUCAGCCGUCGUCUUAUCGCGCGCGCGUUAGUAUCAGCGUGAAAUAUUAAACUUAUAAAUACGCAUUGCAACUCAUUGUAUGAAAACGAUUAAAAACAGAGAUAGUUGAAUCGUUCGUGAACAACGGAGCAAAAGUGAGCGAUCAACUUCUCGCGGAUGGCGAGGUGAAGAAGCAGAAAUUACCGUUAAACAUCAAUACUAACAUGUUGAAAAUCGGCUUUCUCGGCGGAGGAAAAAUGGCUCAGGCCCUCGCCAGAGGUUUUAUACGAGCGGAUUUAAGCAAAGGCGAGAUGAUGCUAGCCAGUUGCCUUCCAAAUGAUAUUGAUAGCAUUGGAACAUUUAAAGAAAUGGGAUCAAAUACUGUUUUCGCUAAUGCUCCAGUCAUAAAGUACGGUGAUGUGCUGAUCUUAUCGGUGAAGCCACAAAUUGUACCGAAAAUUCUGCCAGAGUUGAAGAUGCAUGACAAUAAGAAAUUACUCAUUUCCAUCGCCAUGGGUAUCUCCUUGACCUCAUUAGAAAAGGCGCUGCCAAAAGACACACCCGUGAUAAGAGUAAUGCCAAAUACACCGGCAUUAGUGGGUUGCGGAGCCACAGUAUUUGCGCGUGGCAAGUAUGCGAGCGAUAAGGAUGCCGAGGUCACGAAGAAAUUAUUUUCCGCCGUAGGGAUUUGCGAAGAAGUCUCGGAAAAUCUCAUUGAUCCUGUUACUGCCUUGGCCGGUUCCGGUCCUGCUUAUAUAUACAUGAUAAUCGAAGCUAUGGCUGAUGGUGGUGUGAAAAUGGGACUUACCAGAUCCAUCGCGUAUAAACUCGCCGCGCAAACCGUUUUAGGCGCCGGUACUAUGGUCCGUGAGACAAAUAUUCAUCCAGGACAGCUUAAGGACGACGUAACUUCACCAGCAGGAUCCACUAUAACUGGUAUUCAUCAUUUAGAAAAGCACGGUUUAAGAUCGGCACUAAUUGAUGCCAUAGAGGCAGCAACGCUUCGAUGUAGAGAAGUUAGUUUACAAACAGAAAAAGAUUAUUAGUAGUAACAAAAAUUGUUGUUACACAUACAUAUAAUAAUAUGUGUUGUAUAUCGAUGACAUGCAUUUUAAAGGAUUAAAUAUGUAAAUGUGGAUAUAUGUACGUAAAAUUAAAAAAAUAUUAAAAGAAUAAAGUAACGCAGAAUAUAAUAAAAUAUCUAAUCGUAGGUUAGAUAUCUAAUCGUAUAUGUUUAUUUGCAGUUGUAAAAUUAUCAUGUAUACACAAAUGGUAUUUCAUAAUAACUAAAAUAUCGAUAAAUAUUGUUACACGCACAUACGCUCACAAGUGCACGCACAUGUGUAAAAGUUAUGUUAAAUUAUUGUGUAAUAACAGAAUAAAAUACUACCGUCCAUAAUAAGAAA